GUGAUAGCACCCGGCAAUUUUUUUCCAACACCCUGCAAGGACUUCAACAGUCAAAGCGCCAUCCUUGCUGUGAUGUCAGACGGUGAAGAUUCCCUGGAAGAAAAGCUACGCAAAUUUCGCCUAUGGAAGGAAGCGUCCUCGGAAGAUAGUGGAUCAUUCGUGCAAAACAUCUCAAAGGAUUCAAGCAAACACGAGGAAGCGGAAGCCUCCGGCAUGAGCGGAAAUAGGGGUGGACGCCCUCCAUCCCAUCUGAGAGGUCGCGAUUUGGGUAUGUACUAUCGAAAUCUGUCGCUUCGCAACGCUAGCCAGGAAUCCGAUGCUUCCUCCCGCGGUGGUGGUGCUCAAUGGCGCGGUCAACGCCACAAGGGUCUGCAGCGUAGAAAAAACCAGGAACGGGCCAUGUACGAAACCAACGAAGCGAGUAGCUCGGGCAGAUUCCGCCGGUUUCAGGAUCAGCGAGACAUCACGUUGGAGGACCUGCCGGAGGCACCACCGCCAGCCUUGCGUGGCAGAGCUCUUGGUUUGUUCUAUCGUGAUCGUCAAACAGCCAGAAAGACGCAACGGGAGAAGCGAAAUGCGGUCGACAUAACUAUCCCCGGCUGGCAGAUACAGCAAAUUCGUACCUAUCUCAAGCUGCCGGGCGGCGACGAGCAGGGUGACAUCUUUCGAGAGUUUGUCGAGAAUGAAAACAUUCGCUCGGUAUUCAAGAACGAAUAUCUGCGUGUCAUCACGAAAACGCUCGACGAGGUACUGCAGAUGGAAAGCGCCAAGUAUGUAUGUGAGCUUGAGGACAAUGAACCUACCUCCCCGUCCGCCCUAGAUGGGGAAUUGUUCGAGGAGUACGAGCGUGCACGACAGUCGACGCAUCGGCUGAACGAAUUCCGUCGUCGUUUGCCAGCGUUUGAAUCCCGCACGGAAGUUCUCGACAUGAUUGAGCGCCAUCAGGUUAUCCUGGUGAAGGGUGAAACGGGAAGUGGUAAGACGACCCAAGUCCCGCAGUAUAUUCUCGAGCAAGCAUCCUCCCGGCGACGGGGAGCCCGGUGUCGUAUAUUGUGUACGCAACCUCGGAGAAUUUCAGCCAUCACUCUUGCGCGCCGUGUCGCAGAGGAACGUGCUGAACGGUUGGGUCGUUCGGUUGGUUACCAGAUUCGCCUCGAGGCGGAACGGCCUCGAGCGAGCGGAGGAAGUAUCAUGUUCUGCACUACCGGCAUAGUCCUCACGAUCAUGCAAUCGGAUCCUCUUUUGAGCGAGUAUACCCAUCUCGUGCUGGACGAGAUUCACGAACGGGAUGUCAUCACGGACCUGUUGCUUGCGAUAAUACGAAUGGUGCUUCCGUACCGAAGAGAUCUCCGAGUGAUCCUGAUGAGUGCGACCCUGACGGCGGAAACCUUCUCGGCGUACUUCGACAACUGCCCGAUGGUGGAAAUCCGCGGUAUCACCUACCCGGUGCGUGAAUAUUAUCUCGAGGACGUACUGGCGGAGUUGAAAUUCUACCACUUUACGGAUAAGUCUUCCAGUAGAUCAUCUUACCGGGAGCGGAAGAAACGAACCCAACAAGAAGGUCCCUUUUACGACAUGAUCGAACCGUACUGUGCGGAGAUUCGUGAUCGCUACCCGCCACAGGUCCUCCGGGGACUGUGCAACCAGGGAAGCGAGAACAACCAGAACGAGCUGAUCGUGGAGCUGCUGUACUACAUCACAUGCAGCAAACCGGAAGGGGCGAUAUUGGUGUUUCUUCCCAGCCUUGUUCAAAUUUCGGAUAUUUACAAACGCAUCGGUGAACAUCCGCAACUAUCCAAGGCACGGCUGGUAGUGUAUCCGUUACAUUCGCGCCUUCCAACCACCGAGCAGACGGCUGUAUUCGAUCGACCACCGGCCGGGACGCGCAAAAUAAUCCUUUCUACGAACAUUGCCGAAACGUCCAUCACGAUCGAUGAUAUCGUGUACGUGGUGAACGCAGGUCGUCACAAGCUAAACAUGUACGAAAACGGUGUGUCGGCGUUGCGCGAUGAAUGGAUUGCCCUUUCGAACGAGAUCCAGCGGAAAGGACGCGCUGGGCGCGUACAGGAAGGUGUAUGCUACCAUCUGUACAGUCGCGGUCGGAGGCGCACGUUUCUGGAGAAUGUCCCACCGGAGAUCGUUCGAGUUGCGCUCGACGAGGUAAUUCUGCAGAUAAAAAUCCUCCGUUUAGGAGAAGCGCGCACGUUUAUGGAUCAGCUGCUAGACAAACCGUCCGAAGAGGUCAUCGAGGAGUCGCUCCAGCUACUAAACCGACUGAAUGCGAUCGAUGACGAUCAGAAGCUAACACCGCUCGGGUACCAUCUCGCCCGGCUCCCGAUGGAUCCGCGCACGGGCAAGAUGAUCCUGCUGGCGAGCAUCUUCAGCUGCAUCGAUCCGAUCACCUCGAUCGCGGCCAGUUUAACGUUCAAGAAUGCAUUCUACAAACCACUCGGCAAAGAGAAGGAAGUCGAUCGGAUCAAGCGUCGGUUUGCCGGCGACGCGGCUAGCGAUCACUUGAUGCUAGCGAACGUGCUGGCCGAGUGGCGCGGCGAAACGAACAAGGCUGGUUUUUGUUAUAAGCAUUUCCUCAACAAUGCAACCCUGCAGCAGCUGAGCAACAUGAAGCGACAGUUUUGCGAGUACCUGCAUGGAGCUCGGUUUCUCUCCGGACCCUCGGCGGAAGCGGCGGAUAAUAAUCGGCAUGCCGACAACAAGGAACUGCUGGCGGCUAUCGUUGGCGCUGGACUGUAUCCGAAUGUGGCGUUCGUGCGGAAGGUAAUUCGUUCGCGCAACAGCCCUGAUGGGCGGGCAAUUCUGUGCAUCGAAGGGCAAGGACGGGCCGAAAUUCACCCCGGAUCGGUUAACGGAAACCGUGGAGUGUUUCAUUCAAACUUCGUCGUGUACUACGAUAUGCAGAAGCUCUCGGCGCUAACCAUGUUCGACACGACGGUUGUCAAUCCGUUUCCGUUGCUGUUUUUCGGUGAUAAUCACGUGGAAACAGAAAGGGACCACGAACUGAUUUCGAUUGCCGGACACUAUUGCCUGAAAUGUGAUAAGGCAACGUACAGUCUGAUACAGGAUCUUCGCACCGGGUUUAAUCUGUUUCUGCAGAAAAAGAUCUGCGAACCUUCUCCGGUCGACUGGAACGGGCAGGAAGGGGAACUCUUAAGGGCUAUCAUUAAGCUAAUAACGAUCGCUUGCAAGUAUGAUGAUCAUUUCGACGAUGAUGAUGCCGGUUUCGGGACGGAGGACCCGUAGAGGUAGAAGCUAAAGCUUCCCUACAAAAUCAACCACUCAUUUCCGGCAGCGUCACUUGAAUUAUAAUGAAUUCUACGAAAAAAACUAUAUCUCUCAACUUCCUGUUGUUUUCUUCCUAUCUUACAAAAAAAAAACUCUGUGUAUCCCAACGGCAAAAUGAAACAGUUUUCUCCCCUCUGUUUCAUUCAAUGUUCGUUUCAUUUCGAUACCGUUACCAGUGAUCCGGAAAUCCUUAGGAUUAGAACUGGCUCGACUACAGCGUUUGUCUGCGUUGUGACGUUGUGAGCCUCCCCUUUCCUCUCAGUUUUCAGUUGUUAUUCGGUUCGAAAAGAAUAAACUUCCCAAAGAUACUACCCUCGAGCGUUCAAUAGACGCCAUAGUUUGGAAGUAUUGAAGAUGAAAGCGACGGAAAGAAAUAACAGCGAUGCGGAAAGGAUUAGUUCGCUUUUUUCUACAUUACUUCCUGCAACGCGUUGCUCCAGAACAAUUUAUUAGAUUGUUUUUAAAACGUUCACUUCCAAAGACUGCGCUUAAGUUUAGUAAUAUUCAUUGUGAAAAAUUAUUUGAAUU